CUGAGAGGGAGAGGUUCGUCAUCCGGACGCUAAGUCUGGUGCCCCUAGCUCUGACGUGGGCGACCGCAGCCACAGCUAGGGCGAGAUAACCAAUGGGAAAUGGAAUCAAUCAUUGUGGAUCCAAGGAUAUUGUCUCUAGCUGCUGAGGUUACAGAAAGCCCUGAACAGAAUGUUCCUGUUAUACUGUUGAAAUUAAAAGAAAUUUUAAACAGUGCACCUUUGGGAAGCUUAGAAUUAAAGAAGAUUAAGCAGGACAUAUAUUGCUAUGACCUCAUUCAAUACCUAUUGGUCCUUAGAAAAGAUGUCACCAAAAUCCAAGGCAGUUGGAUGACUAUUUCCCAACUUGCACAGAUAUUAAGCCAGUGCUGCGUGGGCUUGGAACCAACAGAAGAUGCAGAAGAGUUUUACAACAAAUUGCUUCCUUCAGCUGCAGAAAAUUUCCUUGUGUUAGGGAGGCGAUUGCAAAAAUAUUACAUCAGUGCAGUUGAGGAUGAAGAAAAAGAUGAAUUCUUGUUGCAUUUCCAGAGUGUGAUAGACUCUCUUUGCUGGCUACUAGGAGGGCAUAUUAACCUCACUAAAUAUGUACUACAAAGUGAUCAUUUUUUACAUUUGUUGCUAACUGAUAAUGUUGAAACAGGAUCUGCAGUCAUGACUGUACUACAGAACAUCUUACAAGUCAAAAGUGAAAACUUGCUCACAAUAAAAGAAAAAGCCCUUCACUCAAUUUUAGACGAACUUAUUUUUAAGCUUUCAUCUUCAACUAGUCUUGUCAUUGGAAGUAUUGCUAUAAAACUGUUGCUGUUGAUGGCCAAAUCCCAACCAGAAAUUGUGAUGCUGCUAAGAAGUCGGUAUACAGGACUUAAAAGUAUGCUAAAUAAGCAGUGGUCUGGGAAAGAAAUCGACCAAGAACUUAAACAGCUUCUCAGUCUGUUGUCUUCUGAAGUCUACCAGGAAGAAGAUCAGAAGUUUUAUCAAGCAGCUUGCAAGAUCCAGGCUGCAUGGAAAGGUUUCCAGACUAGAAAGAGAAUGAAGAAACUUCCAUAUGCGGUGACUACUUUACAGAGGAAUUUCAGAAAUAAAAGAGAACAACAGCUGCUGAAACUUAAGAAGCAGAAGGAAGAAGAGGACCUCAGGUUACAAUUGCAACUUCAGAGACAAAGAGCCAUGAGAAUAUCCCGGGAACACCGGCUAAAUUUGCUGGAAAUAGUUCAUCCAGGUCAGGUGGGAAAACAUAUCCAAGAAAUGGAGGAAAAAUCAGCACUGAUUAUCCAGAAACACUGGAGGGGAUACAGAGAGAGGAAGAACUUUCAUCACCAAAAGCAGUCUCUAAAGGAGUAUAAAGCAGCAAUCAUCCUUCAAAGAGCAGCUCUUAAAUUCUUAAGAAAAUGCCAAAAGAAAAAGAAAUUGUCUUAUUCUUGGCGAGACCUCCCAGAGCUUACUGAUGUACGUAGAAUGGAACUGAAGCAACAUGUGGACAAUUACAUCAAACGGCACUCAGGCUCUGAAAUGUCAGAUGUGGCCAGCAGGGAACUCCACACCCAGGCUCAAGAGCGGCUGGGGCACUACUUCUUAGGGAGGGCCCUAGAAGAGCGAGCCCAGCAGCGAAGGGAGGCUUUGCAAGCUCAGAUCAGCACCAAUAUUGAGCAGCUAAUGAGUGCACCAUGUCUGAGGGAGACUACAGGACAGGAGCCUGAACUUUUCAUAAGCAGGUCUCGUCCUGUGGCCGCCAGAGCCAAGCAAGCCCAUCUUGCUACACUAAUAGAGAGACAAGCACCUUGGUGGAAGAAACUUGGGGAUGAGCUUGGGGAUGAAGAAGUUAUCCCAAAGGAGGCUCUAAAUAUAGACUUUGGAACAUUAUUUAUUGGUGGAAGCAAAUCUUCUUAGGAACUUGGCCUGGGCACCAGUCUUAGAAGUGUCACAUUAUAAGGAUGGUAUGCUAGUUAGGGCUAUCAGUCAUCACUACUGGAUAUGCCAAGAGAUUUGGUUAAUCCAUGGGCUUCCAUGGCCUCACUUUCCCUACUCCUCCUCAAAUGAGGCUGGUUCUGUAUUUUAGGAGGUAGUUAAUUUCUACCUCUAGACCCCUUUAUCUUCUCCCUUUUCAUUUCAUUUCUACAUCAUGAAUACCAAGAUGACUUGGAACUUUUGCUGUGGAAUUAAACACAGAUUGAUACUAUAUUAUGUGUGGGGCAGGGCAAUGGAUUUUUUAGGAUUAUACUUUUUUAGUAAUUGUUGUGAAAGAUUUGACAUGUCAGUCAUUGUUCAGUUCUGUUAUUUGAAAUUCUUAGUUUUUCAUUAAAGAUAGACAUUUAGGAAACAAAAUAGUUCUCUAAAUUUUUGUAGGAUAGCCACAUAUUUUUUACAUUUCUCAUUUUUUCAAAUGAUUGCUUUUUUAUACUUAACAGAGUUAAGUUACAUACAGAGAUAAUCACAUGGUAGAUUCUCAGACUAGGCUUUGAUUGAUGAUAUAGCUAGUGCAACAAGCAGUUAUUUUCUCAAUCACACCCACAGUCUAUAUACAUUUGAGAAUGUGCUCAGGGAGACAGUUUGGCUUUCAGAGAAGGAGAGAGAGAGAGAGAGAGAGAGAGUGUGUGUGUGUGUGUGUGUGUGUGUGUAUGUGUCCUGGUGACAUCAUUUAUUAGAUGUAUUAGUAAAAUACUAUACCCUUUUUUUUAACCUGUGAGUUUCAGAAAUCAUGUUUCUACAGUUUAAACAUGUUUGCCACUAGAUAACUUUGCAUCUUUUUGGAAACUAGAAUUUAUUCUACUAGAAUAGAUUGAGAAUGAGAUAAAUUUUUCUAAGGAAAAAAACUAUUUUUAAAAUAUGUAACUUAACAUAAUUACUCCCUAAGUGAUACCCCAGUAGAAAUAAAUUUAGGGCAGUGAUAGCAAUCUCAAGUAGAAACAGAUCCCUGCAGGCCACAUACUGACUUCAAAAUCAAGUAAACAUUAUGUUGGCACUGUAUUUUUAUUUAAACAUUUCCCAAUUACAUGUUAAUCUGGUUCUGGCUAGACUUGGGUGUUUUGCAUGCAAAGCAGCCUGGUGGCCAUGAGUUUGACAUCUCUGAUAUAGAGUAGUUCAUUCAUUCAUUCAGAUGUCUACUAAUUCUGUUAAAAGCUCUGAGAUACAAAGAUAGAUAAGAUAUGAUUCCUGCCCUCAAAAAACUUAAACUCAAAUAUAAUAUCCCAAACAAAUGUAAGAUCUAUGCUCAAAAUAAGAGCAUUUAGUUUUUCCAACCAUUUUACCUAAAAUUCUCUGCAAUCCUCUUGAAGAUAUAUUAUAUCUUACUUUAAAACUGCUUCCCUUCAUCAAAAAAUCUUUUAAGAACAUCUAUUUUGUCAGGAAAGACUGGCCUGGAUCUUUCUGUGCCUCAAGUUAUCACAGCUUACAUUAGAGCUAAGUAAAGAAUUUACUAAGAAGGGUUAAGUAGACACUUGUAGCUAUGUUAGAAGGAAACCAUAGAAUCCAAGUAAAGCAUCCCAUAGGCUUUAAUAAUACCAACAUAACUAAAAGUCUUGGAGAGUAGUUUUAGGAUUCUGACUCCCAAAAUUGAAGGUGAGUUAAAAGGUGGUAAUUAUUGAAAGGAGAUUAAGUUAAUUGGUGAUCCAUAACAGCUAAGGAUCAAUAAGAAAGAUCUGGGAUUUGUUUUCUUUAAAAUCCUACUCUUAUGGGGUUUUUUUUUUUUUACCCUUUAAUAAAGAAUUUUAUUUUUGAUAAUAAAAACAAUUCAGUGAGCAUUCCACACCAGUAGGAAGCUUGGCUGUCAUGACCAUCAUGCCGUAAUCAAGACACCACUGCUCAUCUUGAGACAGUGAAUUUCAGUCAAAAUAACAAAGAAAAUAAAUUGUUAGGCACUGAGCUUCUAAAUGUAAAUAUUAACAUGACAAUGCAGCUAAUUAAUACUUUAUGUUCCUCUUACUUCAAAAGUUCAAAUUCAGGUGUAACUAGAAACUACACACAUCAGACCUGGCUGUGCCCUUCACGGAAUUUGCCAGACCUGAAUUUGCCAAAACUGAAAUGUGUUCCCAAAGAUGAAAGAUGGAAGAAAGCAAGAUGUGUAAUAAAGAGAAAGUAUUCAUUAGAAGGAGAUGGUAGAAGCAUCGUACAGAAUUAUACUAUAAUGCUUAUUGAAUAUGGCUGUAUAUUCUUCAAAUUCCCUUGUUCCCACAUCCAGAUGUUUUGCUACAAUAACUUUUCUCAGGUGGAGAAAAAUAGUCAAAUCAGAUAAUUAGAAUCCACGUAAUCUCAGAUGCUUUCAUGUGCUAAUGUUAAUUGCUAUUGAGAACAUUUCUUGUACUUCUAAGGAUUUUAAUUCUGUAUGUUUUUGCUCAAUCUCUCCAUAUGAAAUCUAAUUCCUUGCUGCUUGUGAUUAUGGUGUCCACUGGUUUUACUGAACUGCUUUUGUUAUUGUUACAACUGGAAGGGGAAG